CGGUUCUCACUUCUCAGUGGUCGAGGUUAAGUCGCCGACCGAAGUCGAUUCACAAAGCCACACUUAUUUAUCGUCGAACAAAUUACUGCCAAUUACUCGAUAGCGUCACAAACAAUCAUACCGAAAGCCAAAUCCAAUUCGUAAUCCGCCCAUCAUGUCCAAAAACUCCUCCGCAUACGGCCAAGCCGCCGGCGACACUGACUUCCGCAAGAAGUACGAUCUCGACGAAUAUGCCGCCAAAGCCCGAGACCGCGAGGAGGCCGAGAAGGAGGAGCGCAAGGCGCGAUGGGAGGCCAAGAUGGCCGGCAAGAAAUACCACAAGCCUCUCGAGGGGCACGAAACCUUGACCACCGCCCGCUCGGGUCACCAAGACUUCAGCAAGCUGGUCGGCACAACGAUGCUGGUGCCCGCGGGAGCGGGCGUGGGCAAGCGCGGUAGGGGUGCGGGCAUCUACUGCGAGGCUUGUGACCUGACCUUUAAGGAUAACCUGCAGUGGAUCGAGCAUACAAAUAGCAUGCAGCAUCAGCGAAACACGGGUCAUACGGGCGAGGUGCGAAAAGCGACGGCGGAGGAGGUGCACCAGAGGAUUGAGCAGCUGUGGGAGAAAUUGCAAGAAAGGAAGAGGGAGCAAGUCGUUAGUCUCCAGGAGCGGCUGGAGGUAAGGAAGGUGGAAGAUGAGAAAGAGAGGGAAGAGAAGAGGAGGAAGAGGAAAGAGGUGGAGGAGCGGAAGAGGCUGGAGAAAGAGGAGGCACUGAAGGCCAAGACUAACUACGGAGAGGAUGUGAGGAUUGAGGGAGAACACGAUGAAGAUGAUAUGAUGGCUGCUAUGGGGUUCACGGGAUUCGGAGUUCCGAAGAAGUAG